UGAUUACAUUACAAAGCCUUAUAAGAAGUGAGACCUAGCAAAUAGGGUUUCACUUUCUUCCUUAUAGCACUGAAAUUGAGAGGAGUCGCCGCAGUGAUCUUCCUCCUUCUAUCCAAAUUUUUUAUAUUAUUUGGGUUUAAUUUCAUUCGAUUUCGAGCAGGAAGUAUGUCUCAUCGUAAGUUUGAGCACCCCAGACAUGGUUCUCUUGGUUUCCUCCCACGAAAGAGAGCUGCUCGCCAUAGGGGAAAAGUGAAGGCUUUUGCAAAAGAUGACCCAACAAAGCCAUGCAAAUUUACUGCUUUCCUUGGAUACAAGGCUGGGAUGACUCACAUUGUCAGAGAAGUUGAGAAACCAGGAUCAAAACUCCACAAGAAGGAGACAUGUGAGGCAGUGACAAUUAUCGAAACACCACCAUUGGUUGUUGUGGGAGUUGUCGGCUAUAUCAAGACACCUCGUGGUCUUCGCAGUUUGGAUACUGUUUGGGCCCAACAUUUAAGUGAAGAGGUGAAGAGGAGGUUUUACAAGAAUUGGUGCAAGUCUAAGAAGAAGGCUUUCUUCAAAUACUCAAAGAAGUAUGAAACUGAAGAUGGUAAAAAGGAAAUCCAGGCUCGAUUGGAGAAGUUGAAGAAAUAUUGUACUGUGAUCCGAGUUUUGGCUCAUACCCAGAUUAGAAAAAUGAAGGGCUUGAAGCAAAAGAAAGCGCAUCUGAUGGAAAUUCAGGUGAACGGUGGAGAUGUUGCUAAAAAAGUGGACUUUGCUUACAGUUUCUUCGAGAAGCAAAUCCCUAUCGAUGCAGUUUUCCAGAAGGAUGAGAUGAUUGACAUCAUUGGUGUGACCAAAGGUAAGGGAUAUGAAGGUGUGGUGACUCGUUGGGGUGUCACUCGUCUUCCUCGCAAGACUCAUCGUGGGCUUCGUAAGGUAGCAUGUAUUGGUGCAUGGCAUCCUGCUAGAGUUUCAUUCACAGUUGCCCGAGCUGGACAAAAUGGUUACCAUCACCGCACAGAGAUGAACAAGAAAAUUUAUAAGCUUGGAAAGGCUGGACAAGAGUCUCACUCUGCAAUGACCGAGUUUGACAGGACCGAGAAGGAUAUCACCCCGAUGGGAGGAUUCGCCCAUUAUGGUAUCGUGAAGGACGAUUACAUUAUGAUUAAGGGAUGUUGUGUAGGACCGAAGAAGCGUGUUGUGACACUGAGACAAUCACUAUUGAAACAGACAUCUAGGGUUGCCAUGGAAGAGAUUAAGCUCAAGUUCAUCGACACAUCGUCGAAAGAUGGCCAUGGUCGCUUCCAGACUAUCGAGGAGAAGGCUAGGUUCUAUGGACGCGCUAAGGCUGUCUAAAUUUUUGUUUUUUUUUUCUUCUUUUGAGCAAUUAGAAAGAGUUAACUUUGUUUAAUCUUAGAAGUGUUAAGAUUUUGAUGUCCUUGAAAUUUUCUUUAUAUUUCUGCUUUGUCUUGUCAAAUUGGUUGGCUAUUCUUUACUACUUUGUUUGGUUGUUUAUCUCAAAUUACCAAUUUUUUAAUUUUUCUUUUUUCUAA